AUGUCUGCUCAAGUCUUCAGUGCCGAAAACCCGGCGGCGAUGAUAGUCAUUUUCAUCGCUAUCUUCUUUAUCCUGGUCGCUGUCGUUUUCUGUGCCUACAAGAAGUCGAGGGUGCUCUCGGCGUGCUUUAGGAGGAAGUCAUGCAACAGGGCUGGGACGAGGCCAGGACUGACUAGGGAAGAGUCAGGGAGCGAAGUGCCGCAACUUGUCGUGGGGCUGGAGCCGGCGACCCCAUCAUCGUUCAUGGGGGAGAGGACGCCGUCGAGUUUCUUGGGUGGCGGGAACGAGAAGAAGAAUUUGGACGCUUUGGAGAAGGGAAUUGUGCCAGUGGAUGUGUUACAGCACGAAGAUGACAUGCAGGCCACGUCGAGACGGUCAGUGACCCUGCGAUUCAGUUGA